GUAAAUUUUUUUUUUUUAAAAACCGGGAGUCAAAAAUUCUUAUCACCCGAUACAAUUUUAGUUCAUAACUCCCGGAAGGAAAAUAAAUUACUCCCAAACUGCUAUUGUAAAAAAAAAAAAUUGAAUAGUCUAAUUCGGCGGCUUACUCUCUAUGUAAAAGCCAAUUAAGUAAUACAAUAAAAUUAUAAUCGAGAUAAAUUAUUUAAUAGCAAAGAUGCUCUAAGAUCUCAUGGCACACAUAAUAAAUUGAUAAGGUACCGAUAUAAAGAGACAUUAAACAAAUUAAAUAAAAGAUAGACGCAUUAAAUCCGACAGUCAGUACGUUGACAGCAACUGUCGCGGAUCAUAUUUAUUUAUAUUUUUCUCAACACAAUCAAGUACCCAGUACAUAAAAAAAAACAACACUUGUUACUUUAAAAAAUAGUAGAUAAAAAAAAUAAAGUCGCUACUAAUUUAUAUAUUUUUUAAUGAUAAUUUAUUUCUUUUAUCAUAUCGUUGAGUCAUCGAUUGAUAUCACAGCUCAUUUGAAUUCUAAUGAUACAUGUCUUUGUAUGUCUCAACUUCUGGGCACACGGCCAGAAGAAUAAAUUAAUAACGCACUUGCUUAUAUAAUUAUUUAUAUUUAUAUAUAUUUAUAAACAAUUGUGAAAACUUUUGCGCAUAUAAUUUUUCAUAUUUAUUAAGACUGUGAUUUUUUAUUUGUUGUUUAAAUACUUCGCAGUGUAUCAGGUGAUUUUCGGUGAUAAAAAUGUCAACAGUUCCAUUAAAAUUAGACAUGUACGAUGAAGAUUCACGGCCCCGGGACUGGGACCCGAAGAAAACGGAAUGUCGGGGCCCGUUGAAAAUCGCACGCUUGUGUAUCUUAGGAAUUUUUCUGCCCGCGGUUUUGGUCGCGGGUCCGGUUUAUUUGCGGUAUCGCGUGUAUUCUGAACAACUGUACCCGCUGGCUGCUUCUGAUCAGAGGUUGAUUGACGCACGUGUCUCGACUACUUGGUGUCAGAGACAAGUUGUUAAAGUAAAUACGACAUUCAAUGCAUAUUUGAUUAACGGUGAACCCAAGAUUAAAGUUGAAACGACACCAGUCUCUAUGACGAGACAUUUGGUCUUGGAAGAUGAUAUGAAAGAAUACUGGGGCUUUUAUCUUUUGCGUGGGAGCAGUGUCACUGUUUCUACUUGUGUAAGAUGGCCCGGAGCAUCGCUGACAAUAAUCCGCGGUCAUAAACACUUACAUGAGUGCGCAUUUAUCGGUGACAAUAGUAGUGAAGAGUUGGAAGAAUUAUUAGAGAUAGCUGAGGAAAAAGGAAUAUUAAACGGCACCGGCUUAUCGCAGCUUAAAAACAACGCUCGGAGUAAUUUACCAAAAAAUAUGAAGCGCGUGCAGCCGGGGGUCCACUUCCAUCACCAAAAAAAUACACUCUACAGUGCUACGAAUAUCGCGAAUCAUUACAACAGCCAUGAACUUGACGCUCCGGCGAUGCGGGAAAUUUUGAAAAAUCUUUUUGCCAAAACUUUGGAGACCAAAAACAAACAAAAGUCCAAUCCGCAUCAUCACUACGAAGGAGUUUACAGAGACAGCGUUAAUAUCGACAGACCGCCAGUUAGUUUCGACAAUUUUUCCUGGAUUUCCGAGCAACUGAAGUCUUUGGAGAAGAUGACCGAGAGCCCGGUGUUGGAAAACGUUAAAACCACGACGGAGUUACCGGAAACCGGAGAUGAAUUUGUGGAGAAAAAAGUAAACGGUGAGCAAACUUCGACGGAAGUUUUCAAAGAUAUUUUAGAAAAAAUAAAUUCACUAGGCGACCGCGGGAAAAGUAUCAUUGGGAAACUGAUAGCGACAUUGGAUGAGUCGAAAAAUAAAACGCGCGACUGGACCAAAGUUUUGCACAACGCGAUUCAAAAUUCGACGAUAAAUCCCGCGGUGAAGAAGCGUCUCAAGCGGCAAUUGGUCUUGUCUUCCCCAUUGCAAGAGGCUCUGAAUGCUGAAGCCGACGCCGAAGACGCGGCAGUUGAAGAAGAAGACUUGAAUCCCGACGGAAUCGCCGAAGACCGGGGUUCGGUAAACGAGUCGACGUUAAACGACCGCAGCAAUUCGGAAUUCUGGAGCUCCUUCAGCAGCUCCGAGGAACGUUUACUAGACUGCAAAGGCCUGAUCCUAAAUCUCCCCCUGACUCCCCAUCAUUUCUGUUCGCCCAAAUACGAGAGCCAGCACUCGGCAGCGUCGAUGGCCAACGCCGUUACCUAUCGCGUUCCCAUUGACGGCUACUACUUUUUCGUCUUCAGUUCUGAAAACGAAGUGCAGUCCAAUUACAUCCGCAUACAAUUUGAUUUGCUGAAGACGGCCUACAAUACGUCCCAGCCGAUUUUCGAGUGCAAAAAUUCAACCCAGGAAUGCGCGUUGCCGUUCAAUUUCUUCAGCUGGGAACGGACCGUUUUGGAGCUUCCCGUCACGAGCAACGAUUCUCAGUGGAAUGAAGAGUACGUCGUCGUAUCUCAGUGCGAGCCACGUACUGCUAUUUAUCUUGUUUGCAUGAUAACAGUACCACUACUUAUUCUUUUAUUUGCAUUUCAUUAAUUCUAUAAAUAAAAUUUAAAAAAAAAUUCUUGCCGUCAGUUUAAAAACGGGGAAAAGUUUACAACAAAAGACUAGAUAUCAGUAUUUUACUCUCAUUUUGUUAUCAAUACCUCAAAGGCGCGUGAUAAUUAAUAUUGUAAAUAAAUAAUAAUAAUAAUAAUUAUAGUGAUAAUGUACCUGUAAGACUGUUAAGCUGUGCUAAGUUUAUUGUUUUUGAUUCUUUUAAUAAUAAUGAUAAUAAUGAUAAGAAGAAGAAGAAGAAGAAGAAGAAUUAGUUGUUACGGUAUUAAAUUCACAGGAACCACUAAAACAAAAGUCGUGAUUUCUUAAUUGAUAAAUCUUAAUUACUUAAAUUUAAAAACCUCUUUAAGUAUAAAGGAUAACAGUUUUUGUGUUUAAUUAAUAUCCGUGCUGGAGGUGAAUCCGUUUCGUUUAAUCCAUAAUAUUUUUCGCUGGCAACGCUCCCCCGAACCACCAACUGAACUAUACUUUGCUUUACUACAGUAAUAAUAACAACUGUAGACCCUACGGAUACAUUUGACCUCCUGAUACUGUGUAUA